AUGAUCUGUCCAUUUGACUCUCACAGGGUUUCCAAGUUAUCCCAGCUAGCUGCCAAAGAUUAUGAGGACCUCUUGCAGUGUGCCAUUCCAGCCUUUGAGGGGCUCUUUCCUGAACUGGACAAUCCACUAAUUAUUUCUGUCCUGUACACUCUGGCCCUCUUUCACUGCCUUGGAAAGAUGCAGGUCCAUGGUACAGAUACUCUGGAGUUACUAGAUGAGGUGACCACCUGGUUGGGUGAUGUAAUGCAGAGAUUUCAAGGGGAAACUUGUGUCAAGUAUAGCAUGCCCACUCCCAAUGACACAAGUUGUGACACCAAUUUUCAACAAUCUUGCAACAAAGAGUCCCUUCAGGCUGGUGUGUCAGGUGCCCUGAGGGCUCUUGGUCAAGCAGCCAGUGUCCCCACCACUUUCAGUCUGCGGACUCCAAAAUGGCACUUUAUGGGUGAUUAUACUGCCUGUAUCAGAAGGCUGGGUACAACAGACAAUUUCUCCACAGAACCAGUAAGGCCCUUUCCUUGUGUCAAGUGA